CGUUCUUCUCGGACUAAUUUGCAGACUCUGACAAUGUCACAUAUAAUACAUUUAUAAUGAUUUAUAUAAUUUAUAUGAUUUAUCUUUAUAAUGAUAAACACUCGCUCAUUAGUUUAGCUGCUGUAGAAAAAAACUGUGACUGACGUUCGACCCGAUACAUUUGAAAAAUGUCGGAUGAAAAUAAAGUGGACAGAUUUUCACAUGACGACGAGGAGGUUUCAGAAGAUAUUCCACCAUCUCUUCUCAGCUAUUUUGAUACGUCAAAAAGCAGAGCAGCAAUCUGUGAGAAACUCAUCCUGGAGGAGAAUGACGACAGUUUUAAUGAGGAUGAGAAUGACUACGUAAGGGAAAGCAGCAACCUUGAGGCAGAACGACAGAAACAUUUCUGUGAGGAGGCGCAGAAAGAAGAGCAGAGGCAACAACGAGAGAUGAACUUCCAAGAAGACCUGAAGAAAAUCAUGGAGACAGAAAAACGCCACCAGACGGAACUUAAGCUGAUGGAAAGAAAAGCUCAGGAAAAAAUUGAACAGGAGUUGUUGAUUCAGGAGGAGCUCAUUGCUAACCUAAAAAAACAAGUGGAGCAAGAGAGGAAGAUGAUUGAAGAGGAGAAGAAGAGAAACAAAGCAGAAGAAGAAAGGAUGAUGAAGAAAGAAGAAAAGAGGAAAAAAGAUGAAGAGGACAGAAGGAAAAGACAACAAGAGAGAAAUCGUAUAGAAGAAGAAGAAAAGCAAAAACUUGCUGAAAUGAGAGUUGAAGUAGAAAGAGAGAGGAGAAAGAGAGAAGACGAGCAGAAGAAAAACCAGGAAGAUAAAAUGAAAAAACUGCAAAAGGAGAAAAAACAGAGAGAAGAACUGAACAAAAAGAUGGAGGAAGAGAGAAAAUUUCAACCAGUUUUAUUCAGGGAAGAAAACCUGAGACGAUCAGGAGAACGGCAGCAGAAAAAGAAGGAAGAAGCACAAAGAGAAGGGGUGAAAAACAAAAAAAGAGAGGAGGAAACACAGAAGGAGGAGGAGAGUGUGUUUCUCACUACAAGAAAAGGUAAGAACAACGAGGAAAAAAUAAAGUUUAGGGAUGAAAUGAAGACCAAAGAGGGGACUGAAACAAAGAACAAGAAGUUUAGAAGAGAAGAGGAAGAAAUGAGGAAAAGCAGCACGCUAACGCAUGUGACAAUGAAGCACGAGGAGAUGAGAAAGAGGGAGGAGGAAAUAAGAAAGGCCUGGAUAGAGAGCAAGGGAGAAGGGACGAGUACAAUCGAGAACAAAAUGGAACUCCAACAAAGUGAAGAGGAAAUAACCACAGAUGAGGAGAGACAACUUUCAAACAAACAGAUAGAAAAACAUGGAACAGAAACAAAGAAACCAAACGAUGACGAGGAAUACAGAAACACAGAGGACAGAAACACGUCCAAACAAGAAAUAAACAACAGACAACAGCAUCGAGGAAAAGCUAAAAGAAUAGAAGUUGAGGGAAAAAGAGAGGAUGAAAAAGAAAAUCGCAAAGAAAUGGAAAUGUUUAAUGAAAAUGACAAGAGGAAAGAAGUGACAGAAACAGAUGUGGACAUGAGGAGCAGCGUGGUAGACACGAAAAGAGACAAAGAACAGAUGAAAGCAGGAAGUGAAAGCCUUAUAGAAGGAGGGGGGGGAGAGGAGGAGCAGGACAACAAAAAAGAAACGUUGACUACCAAGAACGAAUUAGAGGAAAAGAAAAAAGAAAACAACAACCUAAAAUCUUUAAAAACAGGACACCAAGACUCCUGCGGACCUGGUCCAUCAUCCAAGACGUUCAAGGAACAACUCAUCAGCUUUGAAGUGAGUCAGCAGCAUCUUUCAGACACCUGUCGCACAUCAGCAAGCAAAACUCUGGAGCAACAAGAGUCUCAACCUGCUGGCCUGUCAGAGCACACAGAGCAGAAGAGACUGAACUGGAUGAAGGACUGUGUCUCCUGGUCUGACAUGUCCCUCCAGAACAGAAGAAAGCAGAAAGGUUCUUUCCGGAGGCAGAGGGGGGUGAGGAGGGCAGCUGACGCUCACAGCCUGCCCCCACUCUGCCCACAAACUCUCCUUCACACGUCAGGCUGGAAAUCCCUGCAGGAGAUCACCACAGUGAGGUUGGAGGACGUGCCCGGCUGCAGCCUGUCCACACUUGUCCAGUGUAAUCAGCUUCAGUCCCUCACCCUCCGACGCUGUGGCCUCAGAUCUUUGGAGGGAGUCAGUCAGCUACAGGAGCUCCGUUACAUCGAUGUCCAGGAGAAUGCCAUCUCAUUUGUGGACUGUGAAAAUAUGAACAAUCUGCGUGUUCUUCGACUUGCCCACAACAAUUUGACGUCCAUCCAUGGUAUAAGUGGAAAUUUGGAUGUUCUUGAACUCUCGUACAACUCCAUCACCCGCAUCUCCGGUCUGGAGUGUGUUAAAAGGCUGCAGAAACUUCUGGUUGACCAUAACCAGCUGAUCAGCACCAAAGGGCUGAGGGACGUUUAUACACUCCUCCACUUGGACUGCUCACACAACCACCUGGCAGCCGUGGAGGGACUGGAGAGCAACCUUCUGCUCCACACACUGGACCUUAGAGCCAACAGUCUUACUGAGCCCCCUGUUCUCAACAACCAGGUUCUGCUCAGAGAGCUGCGUCUGGACGACAACAGCAUCUCCUCCCUGCAAGGACUCUCUGGCUGCUGGCUGCCUCUCCUGCAACACGUCUCUGUGGCUCAAAACAGAAUAACUCAGCUGCCCUCCAUGAUGGAUUUAGUUUCCCUUGAAAAUCUGGAUCUUCGGUUCAACUGUCUGUCAGAGCUGCACAAUGUGUGUGAAAAUCUGAAGAGAUGUUGUUUCCUUCGAGAAGUCCACUUGUCCGGGAAUCCCCUUCAACAGGAGAGUGGCUGGAGAUCUGCACUGCAGAAGACAGUGUGUGGCCUGAAGGUCAUUGAUAACCAGCAGACAGACUCGUGUGUAGCUGCCCAGAAGCUCAGCACCACUCUGGACUCCUUCCUUACUUUCUGUCGGGCUCAGCUUCAACAGACUUGGGAUUUACAGCAGUCUCUCCGCAAAGAGCUCAGCAAUGUUUCUUCUCCCCUGGAUGCCAUGAAAACACAUUUCCAGCACUUUACUAUGGCUUUGCAGUUGGCAGAGAACCAGAGACUUGCCCAUGAAUACGGUGACACCAUUGUGUCUGAUCAACACAAGGUGACAGAUGAAACAAUGUCUGAGAAAAUUAUGAAUAUGAGCUGCAGAGAUGACCCAAAGCCUGAGUCCAACGACAAACUACCACCAGAUACCACCGGAUUCAACAUCAAACGCAGACACCAGAGUUUUGAAGAUACGCCAGUUGGAGAAAGUUGUCAAACCAAAUUUGACAGUAUCAUAGUUGGUACAAGAACAGAGAAAACAAUUAGCAAAGCUAACUCCGAUUGGGUUCCCUCUCUCUCAUCAAAAGAAAAAACUAACUCUUUACAAUUUGGCAAAGAACCUCUCUCCAUCGAUCUCAACUUGGACCUCGAAAGCCGAGCAGCAGUCGUGAUUCAGCAGAGAUGGAGGAAAUGCAGACAAAAAUGUAGAAAUGUUGUUGCCCCUUCCGUCAAGAAGAAGAGAGGAGAAAUUGGAGGAAGCAAAGAAAACUCUGAGUCCAUACCUUCAUUUAUUAACAGGAGCAUUGCUAUCCAAGACAAUGCAGCAACUGUUAUACAGGCAUUUUGGAGGGGCUUCACUCUGAGGAGGAGGCUCGCUUUUGCUCUUGCUGCGGUCACAUGUCCCGACGCUGAGGAAGAUGACACCUUUGAGGAAGUGGAUGUAGAGGAAUUUGUCUUUGAUGAGCUGGCAGUGGAGAAACACUGGACUAUUUCUGAGGACUCUCCUCCAAGACGUUUCGUUGUAUCACAACAAUCAUCAGGUGCAGAGCCUCUUGUGAUCUCUCAUGAGCCACCACCUGUUUGGAGCCCAAAGCAGGUCUGGACUGCUGAACAAGAAGACGAGUCAAGGCUUCAAAGGAUUUCAACACUGAAGUUCAACAGCAGCCAGUGUUCUGCUUCAGCCUCAGCUCUCAGUGGUCUGUCUGAAAGAUCAGAAAAGAUUCUGCAAGAAUGGGGCUUUACUGACAGUCGCACUGCUCUCCUGAUGCUCAAGAGAGCCCAGAAGAUGAAGUCGGCUAAACAAAGGCAGAAGAAACCCAGAAACCCCUCUGUCCAUGCUGCCUUGUUAAGAACCUCCAGUUACCAGCUCAGCCCAUUGAAGGAAAGGAACAAGCCUGCAUGGCACAGUAGACACUGUUUCAAAGUUGGUGAGACUGAGGCAGGUCUUCAGCAGGCAGAGAGAACCGAGCAAAUAUGUGGGAAAAGUGGAGGAGCUGCUCAGUCUGACCGACACUCAAAUAGUGAACGGUUCUUACCGGAGAUAAACUCAGUCAUUCUGAGUGGAGGCAGAGUGCAACUUGUGGCUGAUUCAGAGCAUAUAAAUCGUCUUCACGCCACCCAACUGUGUGCUGACAGCAGUUUGAGCUCUCAUGCUUGCAAAGGGAACAGUUGUCUUUACAGAAAAGCCUUGACUCACGCACGUGAAGAAGCUUCGUCUCCUCAGCGACUCACGUCUGCUUUGUCUAAAAAGGAGCGCAUCUCUUUCAGGGACAAGCCCGUCCAGCUGAGCUGGGGCUGGGGAGGGGGCAAGAAGAGAGACAGGAGUAAAAGUUACUCCAACUAGUAAAAAAAAAAAGAAGUCCCGUAAAAUAUACCCCUAACUGGAUUUCCCUUUUUGUAACAUUUUUUUGAAGAUUAUAAAGAUCAUCUAAAGGACUAAAGUACAUCUAAAGUAAUGGAAUAAAGAUAUGUUUCAUUUCAAAUCCUUGGUUUAUUGUGCUACAGAGCUGUAUUUAAAGACGGAGCCCUGUGUAAAAUCUAAAACCAGAACCAGGACCUGAAUCUCCUUAAAACUUGAGUUUUUUUUCCCAAAGCUUCCAGCUAAACUUAGACUGCGUCCAAGCAGCAUCAAACCGAGGGCCACAAAACCUGGGAGAAUUACACGCUUCACAUCAGCUGAUGACAGGAAAUAAGAAGCAGGACCUGUAGGAGCUGUGGGCUUUGUGCUCUGUUCCUCUGGAAGUCUUGGGACAGAUUAUUGGACCUCCUCGUCUCUUCCGAACUCAGAAACGACGUGUGAUCGUCUCUUUCUGUCGUCGUGCUUGGUUCUCUGUUCGCCCAAAAAUUAAACAUUUGAUCGUCUAAGGGAACACAAA